AUGGCUUUCGUGCCAGACGAUCGAGCAAAAUAUGCAGCAGGCUAUACCUCGGCCUUCCCGCCGCCGGUGUACUAUCCUCCGGCAUACCCAACAGGUGGCUACCCAUACACUGCAGCAACGCCGAGAUCUCCAUCUCCACCUCCCCAUGAUGCCUGCAGCUCCUUCCUCCGCCGUAUGAUUAUCCUGGUGAUUGUCGUCACGGUCGUAAUGGGUCUGAUCAGCAUCGCCGCGUGGUUUAUCCUCCCCCCACAAGUCCCCGAGAUCAGAGUCGAAUCCUUCUCCGUAUCCAACUUCAACCUCUCCAGUUCAAUAUUGACGGCCAAAUGGGACGUAGCCAUGAACGUGAACAACCCCAGCGAGAAAGUUGGUAUGGUGUAUGAUCGCGUGCAUACACUUGUGCUGUUCGGGGAGAGAAUUCUGACUGCGAAAUUUCUCCCGCCCUUCUACUUGGAGAAGAGGGAUCAAACAACGCUGAAUGUGAAGUUUACAGCGGAUUCGGAGUACAUGGAAGGCGUUCUGGACGAGAUAAUGCAGGUGGAUCGGAGAAAUGGGGAGAUGUUAUUCAAUCUGAGGAUGACCGCUUUUAUUACGUUCAAGAACGGAAUUUGGACGUUAAGCAAGCAGAGUGUGAGAGUUUACUGCGAUUAUUUGAGGGUUGGGCUCUCUAAGUCAUCAUCCGGAGCAGGAACGUUAAUAGGUGGUCCAAGGGAUUGCUUGGUUUAUCUAUAG